AUGGCAUUACUGUUUUCGUUGCUAGGAGCCUGCACAGCAGGGACAUAUGGACUGGACUGCAGCUACACCUGUCACUGUGACGCCCUCAACUGCGAUGACGUCACAGGUUGUUCUGGUAACUGCAACGAAGGAUGGUCAGGACCAAACUGCACUAGAGAAAAUGUAGCUUUGGGGAAAGCAACCACACAGAGUUCGUACCAGCCAAAUACGUGGGCGAAUUCGUCGCUCGCCGUGGAUGGGAAUCUGACAGAAGGCUUUUCCGGGAGAUACUGCAUACUCACAGGAUUCACGGAUGCGUCCACAUGGUGGCAGCUUGACCUGGGCAGAAAGUAUUACACACACAAGCUGGCUGUCCACUUCCGAACAGACUAUAACAUUCGCAGAAACGGCGUUCGGGUAUACAGCUCUGUCGAUGUAAACCAAACAAACACUGGUCACCUGUGUGGUUCAACAACGUUAGACAGCCCGGAUGUGACGUGGAUGACAUGUAACGACACAGCUAGAUACAUCACACUCUACCAAGCAACAACUAAUAUCAGCCCUGGUGAUAUUACUGGCACUGGUGACAGGGCUAUGGAUUUCUGCGAAGUCCAAGUAUUUGUCUGUGAUGCUGGCACUUUCGGUGAUGACUGCAGUCAGUUCUGUCACUGUCUGAAUGGAACGUGUAACUACGUAACUGGAGACUGUACAGGAGGCUGUAAACCGAACUGGACUGGGACCUCAUGCAGUGAGUGUGAUUCUGAUCACUAUGGUCCUCUGUGUGACAAAUCUUGCUCCGGCAGACACUGUGAUGAAUCACUUGGUAAAUCGUCAUGUGAUAAACUGACUGGACGAUGUGACAACGGAUGUACAACGGGAUGGAUGGAACAAGACUGUACAAAGGGUUGCGAUUCGGAACAUUUCGGUGUUAACUGUCAAACAGCGUGCGCAGACCGACAUUGCAAGGGGGAACAACUCUGUAACAAUGAACUGGGACACUGCGUUGGCGGGUGUCUGCCAGGCUGGACAGGACUCACCUGCACUGAAGGUUGCGAUUCGGAACAUUUCGGUGUUAACUGUCAAACAGCGUGCGCAGACCGACAUUGCAAGGGGGAACAACUCUGUAACAAUGAACUGGGACACUGCGUUGGCGGGUGUCUGCCAGGCUGGACAGGACUCACCUGCACUGAAGCUCUAGCUGCAACUGACACUGAAGACCACGGGGACAUCAUCAUCAUCGCCCUCGCUGCUGGAGCAGGACUUCUUCUUUUAAUCCUAAUCAUCGUCUCGUGUAUUCUUUGCUGGUACAUCAGACGUCAGAAGAAAUUACCGACUGAUCGUGAAGCUACUCACGUAAAGAAUAACAUAGCAAACAAAGCUUCGGUUUUCGAUGCUGUCGGAUACAACACCGAGCUUGGAAAAUAUAAUGGUUCCAGCACUCCCGAAAACACCUAUUCUGAAGUGGAGGAUACGACACAACAAAAGAAAACGUACCAAGGCACCGCGAACGUUGUUGCUCAAACAUCCCAUUAUUCAACGCCAAACGAGCCUGCGGGCUAUGUCAAUGCAAACCAAACGAAUGGCUAUGCAAAACUUGACUCAUUACAGGUACAACAGAAUGAUUACGCUAAGCUAGGCGUCAUAUAGACAGUACUUAGCUAAUACUUAAAGAGACUUAUGAAUUUGCUGUGGAGCUAUUAUUCGGCAAACUAAAAUCAAAAUUAAGCAUUAGCUCCCCUCUCUCUUUUGAUGAACCGUUGCAAAACGCGGCAAAAUUACUUUAAAAAAAAAAACGCAACCUUUACCUUUUUUACUUAAAUGGACAUUCCUGA